AUGUCAACUGGUAUGCCAAUGAAAGGUUUCUUUCAUUCUACACCUUCACAAAGUCCCCCAGCAGCUACAGCAACAAAUAUCAACGGAGUAAGCGCAGCCCGAUCAGCUCUCAAUGGAUCUGUGACAGACAAUGGUGACAGUACAGCAGCAGCAUCGAUACCUUCCUCUGUUCCCAAGAACGGUAGGAGAAGGGAAUCGAUCAGUUCGCAAAUGCGUAAAUUGGUCAGCGAAUCUCCUGCUUUGGCAGCUGGCGGAGGCGGUGGUGGUUUAAGCUUUCAUCGUUCGGUAGGCAAUUCAAUUUCUCCCAGACUAUCGGCUUCGCAGAAAAUUGGUGAUAGCAGUGCACUUUCUACUUCAUUAGGAUCAGCUGCGGAAUUUUUAUCUACUUCUGCAAAGACCGUCUCUGGUGCAAAUGGAGGAAAUGAAAACGGUGUAAAGGCUGAACGUGCUGGACAUACUCAUUUCGGUCAAGAGUGUUACGUACCCGUUUCGCCUGAAAAAGCUGGAAGCAAUGAAGAUUCUGCUUCGUCAACCGCUCGUGCACGUAGAGGUUCAUUCAGCUCCGUCACAACGGAUGACGAUAAAAAAGAAGGCGGAAUUCAUCGAUGCGAAGCAUGCUCAAAAGUAUACAGACAUCCAAGCUGUUUGAUCAAACACAGAUGGGAACAUACAGUGUACUGGAAAGAAGCAUCGAAAUUCUUGAUGAGCAAACAUCAACAAGUUCAAUUGUUGGAAGCUGCUGCUAUUUUGGUUGGUAUGGAUACUCAUGCUCGUUCAUUGCCUGAAGAGAAAGCAUUAUGGCCAGCUGCUGUCAGUCCACCGGCAUCAGGAUUGUUGGGAUCAGAUCGAAUCAAUUUCGAAAAAUUGCUCGCCCAAAAAUCUGCCAGGAAAUCGCAAUCACCCAUGGUUGAACGUAAAGAAGUUGAUGGAUCGAGCAAUGUGGAGAACGGUAAUGGAACGAUUGCUCAUUCCAUGCCUACCCAUAGUGCAAGUUUAUCGCCUUUGAACAAUUUCACUUCGCUCAACCUUGGACGUUAUUCAAGUUCGCGGAACAACGAUAUCAACGGUUUCCGUUUGGAUGAAAGCGCUGAACGUAGCGUGCGAGAAGAAAGUUUAGAAAGUGAAGAAGAUGAAGAAGAUCGUGACUUUGAUGAUAUGAACGAAGGAGAUGAAAGUAUGACGGGAUCAACAAGCAUUUCGACCGGAUCGCCUUCGCGUGAAGCGGAAGAAAGGGAAAGAUAUGGUGCAGGCGCUGGAGGAGAUGUUUUGGCCGAAUUGGAAAUGGAAGGUGUUGAGUAG